GCUGAUAACACGGCGUAUCUUUCAUAACUCACUGAUAACAUUCACAAGAAUACCUUUCAUUAGGUUCUCCUCUGCUGUGAAGCAACAUGAAUGCCACGAACGGAGAAGACCUAGCGCAGUCUAUUCGGGAGGCUCUUGUGUGUCCGAUCUGUGAGAAGACUGUAACUCCACCAGUUGUCCAGUGCAAGAAUGGUCAUUUAAUUUGCAAGUUCCAUAAGAAGUCAAAGUGCCCAAGCUGUCGGGCCAAAUUCUCCACUGUCUCGCCUGCGGUCUUCAACAGGAUACUGAACCCCCUUCAACAUAUGGCCGUGGGCAGGAGCCUCAGCGCGAACGACGCAAUUGCCACAAGAAAGUGCAAUCAUCCUGGUUGCUCCCAGAAGGUUCCUAUCGGUGAUGAUCACGAACUUUGGUGUGGGUAUAGACCAACAGUUUGCAUGUUUGACGACUCCUUCCACAACUGCAAAUGGACGGGAAUAGUAUCAAGAUUGCCUAAACACGUUGAAAGCAAACAUUCUGGGAUGAACAUCUGCAACGAUAAGGCUCCAUCGACGAUCGAAAAUGUGUCUUUAGAUGAACUCGACAUCAUAAAGCAUACGGGUUGGGGGUUCACGAACGGGUCCUUCUUUUGGCUGGAAGUAGAACAUAACGCAUUCAAGCAUUCGUUUACUUUCAAAGUGACCUUGGUUCCUAUCAAGAAAAUUGAAGAUGAUCUUAACAUUUGGAUCGAGAUAAAAGCAAAGAACUCCAAGUUUUGUAGUGUCACCAAACUAGACCUCGACCCAUAUUCGGACUACCGUGACAAAAAUUGUGUAACAGUUCACACAGACUUUCUGAAGGACGUUGUUGCUGAAGAUAAAAAACUCUGGUACAAGUUGGAUAUUGUUAAGGACAUGGAAAAAUCUUUUGAAAAUUACAUCAUCUAGAGCAAAAGACUUUUUCUUUCUUGAAAAUUACUAAAUAUCAACUUACACGUUAAUAACAAAUGGUUUUUCAUAUAAAUUCACACUAGAUUAUUGUAAAAUAUAGAUCUUACUCGAAUAACGUUGUCUAAUAAGCUUUUUAUAUGGACAAUUUAUUGAUUUUCAUUAAUAUAUUUACGUACGUACUAUUUAUAAAAUUACCCUAUAUAAAUAUGGUAUUGAAAUUGUGUCUCAAGCACAUUAACCUUUUACGUAGUUUGAAUAAAAUGUUUGUAUCUUCAUUGCUUCAA